UUUACGAUAGUCACACACAGAGAGAGAGAGAGAGGCAGAGACACAGGCAGAGGGAGAAGCAGGCUCCAUGCAGGGAGCCCGACGUGGGACUCGGAUUCCCCAGGAUCACCGCCUGGGCCAAAGGUGGUCCUAAACCUCUGAGCCACCCAGGCUGCCCCUCCACUUUGAGUUUUAUAGAGAAUAUGGACAGGGGAGGGAUCCCUGAGUGGCUCAGCGGGUUUAGCACCUGCCUUCGGCCUGGGGCAUGAUCCUGGAGUCCCGGGAUCGAGUCUCACGUCAGGCUCCCUGCAUGGAGCGUGCUCCUCCCUCUGCCUGUCUCUGCCUCUUUUGCUCUCUCUCUGUGUCUCUCGUGAAUAAAUAAAUACAAUCUUUAAAAAAAACUUUAAAAAAAAAAGAAUAUGAACAGGGGAGUCUCCAUCACAUGGAGUGAGACCUCUUGGGUCUGUAUUGGGUGCCUAUCUCCCUGUGACAAACUGAGCCCAUAAGGUGGGUGUCUGAGUAAACUACACUCUGUGUAUCGUGUCCCUGAGUCUGUUUCCUUGGAUCCCUUUUUCAAGAGAAAAUCCAUUCCUACAUAAGCAGUGUUUGUUAUAUAGAAAUUACUCUUUGAGGUUAUAAAUUACUUCAUAUAAUCAUGGGAAUUUGCCUUAUGCAUGGGCUUUCUCGUGGGUGUCAACAGGGGACAGUGUAGGGACUUGUUAUUCUCUUACUGUUUUCUGAAAUGAACACUGCUUAUGUUCUAUCAGAUAAACACCCAGUUUCCCUGGACUGCUAACUUUAAGGACAGAAGGAACCAACAGUAGGAAGCCAAUUGUCUCACACUCAAUUUAAAUAUCUUUAAUUUUUUUCCUUUAAUAACUGAGAGGGGUAAAUAUAAGGAGCCCAGUCUCAGCAGUUUUAUCUUAACACUUCCAUCCAUUUUCCUUUCAUAAUGAAACUUCCCUAUGGUCUUUUGUUUGCCAAAAAAUACACAAACGGAUUUUAAUACUUGUUUGCCAGAGCUGAACAAUGAACAAAAAUGAGAUUUAAUAAAUAUUAAAACCUGGGUGGUUAAUUGUCACCAGAGGGAUGUUAACUGGGACUUUCACUGCUGCAGUACACAGACCACCUGCUAAUUCCUGACAGGCUUGCCUCACCCCAGGGCAUUUGCACUGGUCUCCCCAGGCCUCUUCAUGAAUAUCUGCCAGCAGCACUUUUCAGUCUACACAAAUGUUGCUUUAUUAGCCCUGCAUUCUAUGAACACUUUUUAAAGAAAUUUUUAUUAUUUAUUUAUUUUUUAUUUAAAGAUUUUUAUUUAUCCAUUCAUAAGAGACAAAGGGAUAGAGACAUAGGCAGACAGAGAAGCAGGCUCCCUGUGGGGAGCCCCAGGUGGGAUGUGGUACUCUAGGAUCAUGCUCUGAGCCAAAGGCAGACUCUCAACCGCUGAGCCACCCAGCCAUCCCUCCGAACACGUUUUUAAAACACUUUUUCUUCCCUAACAACAAAUAUUUAUUCAGCUCUUUGUAUUUACAAUUGUGCCUACAAUUUAUUUUUUAAAUUUAUAUUUUUAAAGAUUUUACUUAUUUAUUCAUGAGAGACAGAUUGAGAGAGAGGCAGAGACACAGGCAGAGGGAGAAGCAGGCUCCAUGCACCGGGAGCCCGACGUGGGACUCGAUACCGGGUCUCCAGGGUCCUGCGUUGCGCUGAAAGCAGCGCUAAACCACUAAGCCACCCAGGCUGCCCUGUGCCUACAAUUUAAGGGGGGGGAGCUUCUGUCUUUGGAUUUUUUUUUUUCCUAUAGAGAUCCUUGUAAGCAUUUAUUCCUAUAAUAAUUACCCAAGUUCUGGGCCUUUUUUUUUUUUUUUUUAAGAUUCUAUUUAUUUAUUCAUGAGAGACAAAGAGGGAGGCAGAGACACAAGCAGAGGGAGAAGCAGGCUCCAUGCAGGGAGCCCGAUGCUGGACUCGAUCCCAGAACUCCAGGAUCACACCGUGAGCCAGAUGCAGAUGCUCAACUGCUGAGCCACCCAGGCCUCCCAAGUUCUGGGUCUUGAAUCCAUAUGUCUGUGGCCUAUUGCCCCUGCCAUUCUACAGAGUGGAUGCCAUAUUAGCAGGCAUGAAAACAACAUUCAUCUCAUUGUCCCAUCUCUGUCAGAGCUCUUGGGUGACCAGGCACAUUGUCAAGGAUUAGUAAUAUUUUGAAAUGAAUCUUCUUUUGAACAAAAGGUCUCAACACUGAGCUUAAAAUAUUCAGUAAACCAUGUCGUAGGCAGAUGUACUGUCACCCAGACUGUAUUGUUCCAUUUAUAUGUAGGGCGCAGGCAGAGUAGAUUUAGCAUUCUUCUGAAAGGCCCUAGGAUUUUCAGAAUGGUAGGUGGGCAUUGGCUUCCACUUAAGAGUCACCAGCUGCAUUAGCUCCUAACAGGAGAGUCAGCCUGUCCUUUGAAGCUUUGAAGGUAAGCAUUGGUGUAUCUGAAAGUCCUAGAUGGCAUCUUUUUUGUUUGGUCUACACUAAUGAUCUGUUAGUUGAGUGUAGCUACCUUCCUGAAUUCUCUGAGCUAGAUCUUCUGGAGGACCUGCUGCAGCUUCUCCAUCAGCAUCUGCUGCUUCACCUUGUGCUUUCAUUUUUUUUUUUUUUUAAGAUUUUAUUUAUUCAUGAAAGACAGAGAGAGAGAGGCAGAGACACAGGCAGAGGAAGAAGCAGGCUCCCAUGCAGGAAGAGCCUGACAUGGGACUCGAUCCUGGGUCUUCAGGUUCAGGCCCUGGGCUGAAGGCAGUGCUAAACCACUGUGCCACCAAGGCUGCCCUACCUUGUGCUUUCAUGUGAUGGAGGUGGCUUCUUUCCUCAGUCCUCACCAGUCACCCUCUGCUGGCUUCAGACUUUUCUUCUAUAGCCUCCUCACCUCUGUCAGCCUUCACAGAACUGAAUUCAGAUGGGACUUUGCUCUGGGUGAGGUUUUGACUUGGGGAAUGUUGCGUUCCAUCCAGACUCUUCAGACUUUCUCCAUAUCAACGAUAAAUCUGUUUCCCUUUCUUAGCAUCCACCUGUUCACUGGACUAGCGCUUCUAAUUUCCUUUAAAAACUCUUCCUUUGAAUUCAUAGCCUGGCCAGCUGUUUGGCACAAGAGGCCUAGCUUUUAGCCUACCUUUUGAUAUAUCUUCUCUACUAUUUUUUUAAAAAUAUUUUAUUUAUUUAUUCAGAGAGAGAGAGAGAGGCAGAGAUCCAGGCAGAGGGAGAAGCAGGCUGAGGGAGAAGCAGGCUCCAUGCAGGGAGCCCAAUGUGGGACUCGAUCCCCUGGUCUGCAGGAUCACACCCUGGGCUGCAGGCGGCGCUAAACUACUGUGCCACUGGGGCUGCCCUUCUCCACUAAAUUUAAUCAUUUCUAGCUUUUGCUUUAAAGUGAGACACAUAGGACUCUUCACUUGAACACUUAAGAGGCCAGUGUAGGGUUAUUAAUUAGCCUGAUGUCAAUAUUGUUGUGUCUCCUGGAAUAGAGGCCCAAGGAGAGGGCAAGAGACGGGAGAUCAGCAGGUAGUGGAGUGGUCAGAACACAUUUAUUGGUCAAGUUAGCCAUCUUAUAUGAGCACAGCUCAUGGCACCCCAAAACAAUGGCAGUAGUAACAUCAAAGAUCAUGAUAACAAAUGUAAUAAUAACAAAAACAUUUGAAAUAUUGUGAGAAUUACCAGCAUGUGACACACAGAUGACAAAGUGAGUUAAUGGUAUUGGAAAAUGGCAGCUGUCAACAUGGCACUGCCACACACCUAUGUAAAAAUACUGUGUGCAAAGUGCAUUAAGUAGAGGUGUGCCUGUAGUUAGGACCUGGAGGGGAAGGAGUUCUCUGUCCUUCCAGGCCAGGGACAUUGCCCUCAGUAUGCCCUCCUGCUCAUCUCCAGGCAGAUGAAACUUAUAUGCAGACUCUUCUCUUCUUCCAUUAGCCCUGGGCAAAGAGAAAGCCCAUCCAACACAGAUGUCUUCAGGUCAGAUUGAUUGAAAUCCUAAUGACUAAUACUUGACAUGCAUCAAAAUAACUACACGUUCCAAGUGUAAAUUAUACUGUUAGUGUUAUUUUUCCCAUAAAUAGAAUGUUUCAAGUAUCAUUUAAUAAUACAAAAAUGUUUAUAAGUCUCAGGACCUAUCUCAAUAAAUAAAAGAACAAAUUACUUCUGAAGAAAAUGAUCAGGCAGUGUUUUCAUUAUAGGCAGAAGCAGUUGAUUCCAGAAAGAAGUUUGUCUUUUUUUUUUUCCAGUGUAUUUAUAUCGAAUAUAAAAGCAAGCCUAUAAUAACUCAACUGUGAGUAUUGCUUUUAUAGCAAGCAUUUAAGGUAAUGGAGGACUACUCAGUUUCCAUGGUUCUCUCAUAUCCUCCUGUCUUGGCCAGCCUGCUCACUCUGCAGUGAGGCAACAGUGACCUCUCUUCGUCAGAGAGGCGUGUGUGCUGUGGGAGACUCUGAACAAGGCUUGUGCCAGACACAGACAUAGUUAUGCUAGAGGAAAAAAAAAGGAUAAAUUGUCAAGCUCUGUGUUGUUUAAAGGCUAACUUAGCAGAUACAAUUUAAAGAAAUUAAAAAGAAAAACCUGUGUAUAUAAUCCUAAAGGAUAUCCAUCCUAUUCUUUAGGAGAACUCUUGUGUAAAAUACAGAUAUUUUAGUUAAUUUUUUGAAAAUUUAUUUGAGCAAAGUCUUAAUAUAUACUCAUGGAGGGAUGCUUGGGUGGCUCAGCGGUUGAGUGCCUCCCUUAAGCCCAGGGUGUGAUCCUGGAGCCCUGGGAUGGAGUCCCACAUCAGGCUCCCUGUAUGGAGCCUGCUUCUCCCUCUCUCUCUGUGUCUCUCAUGAAUACAUAAAUAAAAUCCCCCCCCCACCCAAAAAAAGAAUACAUACCCAUGAAGAUAUGAAUAAGUUUGGAGAUUUUUUUUCCCCCCUGGUAACAACUUGUGUAAAUUGCUGAGACAAGCAAAAUCUUCUGUGGCCCAGGAGCUGGGAGCAGAGCACAGUCAGGUAAGCCACAUGGACGAGCUAGGGCAGCAUCUAGAGGAUUUCAGGGCCUGAAGAUUGUGGCAGGUCUCAAGGUCCUACUUCAAGGUCACUGAGAAAGCAUGGAAGAAAUUAGAGCUGGAGAGUGUUGGAAUCAAUUUGUAUUUGUAAGUGAAAUCAGUCCCACCCAGCCCCACUGGGGAUGGGAGAGGUUGCUGCAGGUAGAGCUCUGUAAACUCUUCAACCAGUUUUAGAAGGUCAUGCACCCCACCUCCAAGGGGACCCUACUGGACCUUACCCCACGUAUCUCUUCAUCUGACUGUUCAUUUUUGUCCUUUUUUUUUUUUUUAAGAUUUUAUUUAUUUAUUCAUGAGAGACACAGAGAGAGAGAAAGAGGCAGAGACGUAGGCAGAGGGAGAAGCAGGCUCAACGCAGGAAGCCCAAUGCAGGGCUCGGUCCUAUGUCCCCAGGAUCACACUCUGACCCAAAGGCAGACGCUUAACUACUGAGCUACCCAGGCGUCCCCAUUUUUGUCCUUUAUACUGAACUAGUAAACCUAAGGAAAGCUUUUCCUAAAUUCUGUGAGCCAUUCUAGAAAAUUACCAAACCUAAUGUGAGGGGUUAUGGGAAGCCCUGGACUUGCAGUGUGCUCAGCAGAGGUGUGAGUAGCUGGGGCAUUACCUUUGUGGCUGGCCUCUGAAAUAGAGGAAAGCUUGUGGGAUCUGAUGCUGACUCCAGGAAGACACUAUCAGAGUUGGAUGCAACGCUAAGGACACCCAGUUGCUGUCAGAGAAUUAGUUACUGGUGUGAAAGAAAAAGGACUACUUAUUCGAAUUUUGGAUUUUGAGAACUGACUGCUGUCUGUUACAGGGUAUUGAUCAUUAAAUGGGUGGAAGAAAUGGAUGUAUUAGGGAGAUAAGGCAAAACUAACAAAAGAGGAUCUUUGUUACCUGAUUUUUUUUAAGGUUUUAUUUAUUUAUUUGAGAGAGAAAGAGAACAUGAGUGCAGAGGUGGGGCAGAGGGAGAAGCAGGCUCCCUGCUGAGCAAGGAGUCUGAUGUGGGGCUUGAUUCCAGGACCCCAGGGUCAUGACCUGAAACAGAGGCAGACACUUCACCGAUGUAGCCACCCAGGCACCCCUGACCUCAGAUAUCUUUGAGUAUAAGCCAUAUAACCAAGCAUUAGGACAAUUGGGACACAACUGCAUUUUCUUGUCCUAGAUACAUGGGAAAAGGAAUAAAUGGGGAUUGGAAUGGACAGUAACAGUGAUGGCAUUGGGGGUGGAAGACUGCAUGUGGACUCAGCCGUGGGAGGAGUGACUCUGGUGGGAGGAGUGACUCUGAACUCAGGCUGAGAGGAGGGAAGGCAGGUAUUGCUAGAUGGUCUAUGUGCCUUGAUGUGACAGGGGCACUCCUGUUCUACCUAGGAGUCGUUUAUACCCCUGAAGAGGACCAUGUUUACAGAUCGGAGCUUGGGAAGCAGACCAAAAGUCAAGCACUAGCUGUGUAAUUCUUUAGCCAUGUAAUUUCAUCAUAUUACUGAAGCUUUCUGAAACUGCAUUUAAUGCCAUUUGUUAAAUAAGUAAAUGUUUUAGUUAUCCUAGGCUUCUGUAACGAAACACCACAGACUUACUUGGUGGCUUAGACAACACAUUAAAUUUUCAUAGUUCUGAAUCCUGGAAAGUCCCCAGACCUAGGUGUCAGCAGAUGGAAGACUUGGGGAUGGGCCAUUUCUGGGCUUGCAGAAGCCUGGCCCUCAGUGCCAGUGUGGCAGAGAGAGAACUGUGCUCGGUUGCCCUGAUAGUGACACCAGUUUCUUCAUAGGAGCCCUGCUCCAUGACCUCAUCUAAACCAAAUUAGCUCCCAAAGGCCUCACCUCCACCUACCAUCAUCCUGAGAAUUAGGGCUUUGACAGAUGGAUUUGCUUGGGGCUGGAGGGGACAAGGGGGUUUAGUCCAUAACAGUAAAUAUACCAAAAUGAGCAGGGUCUAAGUAUUAAGUAAGUGAAUGUGCUUAAAUUUCCAAGCAGAGAGUCCUAUUUCUUAAACUUUAAUUUUGUCUUACUAAUUUCCUGGACUCUAGGUAUAAAGAGGGGAGUUAAAUCUACUUUUGUUUGUGAUAUAAUGUCAUUUUUCCAUUCUUAUACAAUUAAGUACUAGCAAAUUUGGUAAGAAUUUAAGUUUGCCAAACUUUAUUUUUUUUUUAAAGAUUUUACCCACUUAUUCAUAGACACACAGAGAGAGAGGCAGAGACAGAGGCAGAGGGAGAAGCAGGCUCCAUGCAAGGAGCUCAAUGUGGGACUCGAUCCGGGGUCUCCAGGAUCACACCCCAGGCUGCAGGCGGCGCCAAACCGCUGCGCCACCAGGGCUGCCCUUUUUUUAUUUUUUAAGAAGUUUUACUUAUUUAUUCAUGAGAGACAGAGAGAGGCAGAGACAUAGGUAGAGGGAGAAGCAGGCUCCCCAUGGGGAGCCCCAUGCAGGACUCGAUCCUAGGACCCCCGCUGGAUCACAACCUGAGCCAAAGGCAGAUGCUCAACCACUGACCCACCAGGUGCCCCCCAAGAAACUGUUUUAAAGAGACUAAAUCACUUGUCCAGGGUCCCCCUGUAGUAAAUGACAGUGACCGUCUGUGAAGAACCCAAACGUGUCUGCCUCCUGAGGGUGCCGAUGGGCCAGGGCUUCAUUAGCAAACAGAUGGCCUUCCAAGUGGGUGACCUGCAGUGAAAUUAAUAAAGGGACUAUUUUAUCCCAGGACCCCAGGAUCAUGCCCUGAGCCAAAGGCAGACGCUUAACCGCUGAGCCACACAGGCAUCCUUAUUUAUUUUAAAGAUUAUUUUUUUUUGAAAGAGAGCGCAGAUGGAGGUGGGUGAGGAAGAGGAAAAGAGAGAAGCAGACUCUGCUGAACCCCACGCAGGGCUGGACGCAGGAGAUCAUGACUUGAGCCAAAAUCAGAAACUUCACGGACUGAGCCACCCAGGCACCCCGAUAAAGUUUACCAGAACUUUAAAAUACAGAUUUAUGAAAUUCUGGGGUGUUGUUUGUGCUGAUGAUUAAUGUAGGAUGGUAUUCCAGUUAUAACUUUACUAAAUGUUAGAUUGAACAAAUAUAUUUCCCUGUAAGUCCCCUGCAUUCUACAUUUUCUUUUUUUUUUUUAAUUUUUAUUUUUAUUUUAUUUUUUAUUUUAUGAUAGUCACAGAGAGAGAGAGAGAGAGAGGCAGAGACAUAGGCAGAGAGAGAAGCAGGCUCCAUGCACCGGGAGCCCGAUGUGGGAUUCGAUCCCGGGUCUCCAGGAUCGCGCCCUGGGCCAAAGGCAGACGCCAAACCGCUGCGCCACCCAGGGAUCCCAACAUUCUACAUUUUCUAAGCAGGGACUUUUAGGUUUGCAGUUCAGGGAAGGAAUUAAAUAACCCUACAAAAAAGUUUCUGGGUAACUUAUAAAUUGAAUGAUUUUCAUUUCCUGUGUGAAAAUAGAAGGGAAUGUUCAUAUUUUAUUUACUAGCAUUGGUAGUCAAAGCCUUCUCACUUGAGAUCCACGCUGAUGUGAGAGUUCUCCCACUUGUCUGAGGGCCAUGGCGUGUUCCUGAAAGGGGGUUGGGGGGUUGCAUGCAGGUGCAUUGGGGUUUUGUGGUCAGGGUCUCUGGUAAGACUGGAGUCUCUUGGCUUCUCUCUCCUUGCCCAGCUUUUCCUCCUUACUUCUUGGACUGUCCGUGAGUGGGGAGAUCCAGAGGAGGUGAGGUGGUGGCUGAAUUCCUGAGAAUGCAACUGCAGAAAAACAGGAUUAACAUCCAGAGAACUGCUACCACGAGAAUUGGUGUUAAGAAUGGAGAGCUCGCUGCCAGAGGGAUCACUCUGGGGCUGUCCUUCAGAAGAGCCAUCUCAGGAGUCCCACGCUCUCCUGCAGGACCUGUCUGCCUUCAUUGACUCUAAAGAACAAGACUCUGUGACCUUCAAAGAUGUAGCUGUAGACUUAACCCAGGAAGAGUGGACCCUGAUGGAUAGGUCCCAGAGAAAGCUGUACAUUGAUGUAAUGCUGGAGAAUAUCACUCAUCUGGUCUCCGUAGGCUGUCAGUUCUUCCAGUCAGAUAUGAUUGCCCAGUGGGAGCAAGGAGGGGAGCUGUGGAAGGAAGAGAGAGGACUGGCCCAAGGCUGGGGUCCAGUUAUUUCAGGCUUGGAAAACAGCUAUCAAAAACAAGAAAUAAUAUCUAUGGAAGACAUCUGCAGGGAGGAUGCAUCUAACUACAAGACAAUAAUACAGAAAUGUCACUCAGGAGAAGACCCCUUUGCACAUAUUGGGUAUGAUGGAGUUUUCACUCACCCCUACACAUUGACUCAGCAUGUUUUAACUCACACUGGACAGAGACCCUAUAAAUGGAGUGAAUGUGGAAAACCUUUCAGUCAUAGAAAUGACCUAUAUAGACACCAGAAACCUUAUAUGGAAGGCAAACUUUAUAAAUGUAACGAAUGUGAGAAAUAUUUCCAUAAUAGAAGAAAGCUUUGCAUACACCAGAGAAUUCACACGGGAGAGAAACCCUAUAAAUGUGAUGAAUGUGGAAAACACUUCAGUCGAAACUCCCACCUUCGUUCCCAUAAAAUAACUCACACAGGAGAGAAUCCAUUUGUCUGUAAUCAGUGUGGGAGUCAUUUCAGGUAUUUUUCAUCUUUAACUAGACAUAAGCAUAUUCAUUCUGGAGAGAAGCCUUAUGAAUGUCAUCUGUGUGGAAAAGCCUUUGUUCAAAGCUCUUAUCUUAAACAACACGAGAGAACUCACACUGGAGAGAAACCAUAUAAAUGUCUCCUAUGUGGAAAAGCCUUUGUUACAAGCUCCAAUCUUCGAGAACAUGAGAGAACCCAUACGGGAGAGAAACCAUAUAAAUGUCAUCUAUGUGGGAAAGCCUUUGUUCAAAGCUCUUGUUUUAGACAACAUGAGAGAACCCACACUGGAGAGAAACCAUAUAAAUGUCAUCUGUGUGGGAAAGCCUUUAUUACAAGCUCUUGUCUUAAAAAACACGAGAGAACCCACACUGGAGAGAAACCAUAUAAAUGUCUCCUAUGUGGAAAAGCCUUUGUUACAAGCUCCAAUCUUAGAGAACACGAGAGAACCCACACUGGAGAGAAACCAUAUAAAUGUCCUCUAUGUGAAAAAGCUUUUGUUACAAGUUCUAAUCUUCGAGAACAUGAGAGAACUCACACUGGAGAGAAACCAUAUAAAUGUCAUCUAUGUGGAAAAGCCUUUGUUACAAGCUCUUGUCUUCGAGAACAUGAGAGAACUCACACUGGAGAGAAACCAUAUAAAUGUCCUUUAUGUGGAAAAGGCUUUGUUACAAGCUCUUGUCUUAGAAAACAUGAGAGAACCCACACUGGAGAGAAACCAUAUAAAUGUCCUCUAUGUGGGAAAGCCUUUGUUACAAGUUCUAACCUUAGAGAACAUGAGAGAACUCAUACUGGAGAGAACCCAUAUAAAUGUCCUCUAUGUGGAAAAGCCUUUGUUGAGAGCCCUAAUCUUAGAGAACUUGAGAGAACUCAUGCUGGAGAGAACCCAUAUAAAUGUCCUCUAUGUGGAAAAGCUUUUGUUACAAGCUCUUGCCUUUGAAGACAUGAAAGAACUCAACUCUAAAUGCAGUAAAUUAACACAGAAGAGCCUUCAGCCACAGCUCAAACCAAUCCCAGAACUCCUAAAUGGGGGAAAUUCUAUGGCCAUAUUCCUUAUGGAAGUGCUUUCAUUUCUAAUUUAUCAUUACAGAACAUGAGUGAACUUCAUUUGGAGGAACCUUAUAUUUAUAAUAAAGGAGGAAGCGACAUUAAAUGAUCUCCGGAUGUAGGAUGCAGAAGAAUAUUCACUAUGAAUAAUCUAACCCCCCUAAAAUGGGAAAUUACACAAUUACAGAUGGAGGUCACUCUAGUAGAAUAGCAAAAAUUAAUGCUGGAGAGCUUAUUCAUUGUAAUAUGCAUGGAAAAAAUCUUUAUUAGUAGAAAAACUUGUAGGCAUGUGAAGUUUCACACUCUGUAGAAUAGAGAAUGAAUGGAAGUCUUCAGUGAUUUUUAAUUCUUUAGUCAACAUGCAAUUUUCUCACACUGUAUAUAUGCCAUUGCUAAAAUCAGAUGAAAGGUUAGAGUUUGCAUCAGAAAUUCCCAACUAGGAAAAACAUAUCAAGGAUAAACAACAUAAACAACAGCUUAGACAUUAUAGUUUUGCCUAAUGGCUUAUUAUAAAAGUGUAAGAAACGUGGGAUUAUGACAUCUGGGAAUUUUAAAUGCAGGAUUUUGUGACAAUAAUGUUUUUUUUUUUUUAAUUAGUACUUAGAAAUGCAUAUGAAGCAAAGUUGUUGCUAGAAAAUCCAUUACAUUGGUCAGGUCCUAUUUUCCAUACAGCAAUAAUUAUGAUUGGGUUCAACUAGAAAUAACUUUGAAUAUUAACUGUAAAACAACACAGGAUGAUGUGUCAUUACAACAUAUUGUUAACCCUGUAUGUAGAUCUUGAUGAAUUAAAUAUUGAUACAUGGAUA